UUCACGGACCACAUGGAGUGUCUUCAGCUGCUGCUAGGCCACAACGCCCAGGUCAACUCCCCCGAUGCCUCCGGGAAGACCUCCCUCAUGAUGGCUGCUGAGAACGGACAAACCAACGCUGUCGAGCUGUUGGUGAGCAGUGCCAAAGCAGAGCUCACCCUGCAGGAUGCAGUCAAGAACACUGCUCUUCAUCUGGCCUGCAGUAAGGGGCAUGAAACCAGUGCCUUGUUGAUAUUGAAGAAGAUUACAGACAGGAACCUCAUCAACUCGACUAACGCAGCCUUACAGACGACGUUACACGUUGCAGCCAGAAAUGGUCUGACGGUGGUGGUUCAGGAGCUACUGGUGAAGGGUGCUAGCGUGUACAUCUUUGAAAGGGUGGUUUGAUGAAAUGUUUGGUAA